AUGUUUUGUCUUUUCCUUUCCCAAUUUUUCACUCCUAAGCAGCCAUCCCCCCAGAAUCCAAAAGCAAAUGGUAAUACAUAUCCCAAAGCACCAACAUUAUUACUUUACGACAAAAUCGAUACUACUGUUAUUGCGUGGGGAUAUGACGCUCAGCGCAAGGCUUUGCUUCCAGGUUGUAAAGGGAUCCUGGUAGAUAGAUUCAAGUUGUGCCUGGACCCUGAAAUUAGAGAUUCAAUAAUUCUUCUGAAUGGACUUACUUCUGUAAAAGUUAUUUCUGACUACCUUAGGUUAUUCCAUAAAUACAUUCUUUCUGAGCUUAAUAGUACUCUCGGGGCAGUCUAUGAUCCCACAAGAUUUAAAUACUCUCUCACAGUCCCAGCUGCGUGGGACGAUUCUGCUAAAGCAAUUAUGAGAAGGGCGGCAAUUCAAGCUGGUAUCAUAUCACAGAGUAAUCACCCAUCUAGGCUUGUGCUGACUGGUGAGCCCGAAGCUGCAUCUCUUUUCUGUGACAAACAAUCAAAGCAAUUUAAACUUGGUAGUGGAGAUCGGUUCAUGAUAUGCGAUGCUGGUGGUGGGACAGUUGGCUUGAUUGUAUUUGAGCACAGCCAAGAUAGAAGUACGAUGACUCUCAAAGAAAUUACAAAAGGAUCAGGGAAAUCAUGUGGUUCAACCUUUUUGGAUUUAAAUAUGCGGAAUAUACUGAUGAGUCGAUUGGGUCAUCAUGCAAACGAAAACAAAGCUGCGAUUGAUAACCUGAUAAAGUACUUUGUAACUACAGCCAAGCCAGAGUUCGAAGAUGGUGAAGACGCGUACUUUCCACUACCACAAUUAAUGAAUAUUAGUGCCUCUGAAUUAGCAGCUAUGGAUGUGGUUGAUGGAUCACUACAUAUAGCAAUGGAGGAACUUCGAGAAAAAGUUUUUGACCCUGUGGUUGAGCAAGUAUUCGAGUUGAUAUCUGGGCAAUUGAGAAAAGCCUUGAACAUAAGCACAAUUUUCUUGGUGGGAGGAUUUGGUCAAUCAAAAUAUUUGUUAAAGCGCAUCAAAGAAAAGUUUGUGAGCAAGGUAGUAUCUAUAGCUGCGCCUAAUCGUGGUGAAAUGGCCGUAACUCGGGGUGCUGUAUUGUAUGGCCUUAACUCAGCGGAUUGCACGACGCACGUACGGUAUAUGCACAGACGCGAUAUACCUGAAAGAAAAGUUACAAAGGUAGAUGGCUCAGUCCGAGCCAUCAAUUGCUUUCAAGUGUAUAUCAGAAAAGGUGAUAUUGUUAUUGCGGAUGAGUGUAUAUCUCAAGAUUUUUAUAUAUUCUACCCGAAUCAAUCAAAUUCAGUUCUCACACUGGCAGAUCUCUAUGUUUAUGAUGGUGAUGGUAUACCUCCACGCUAUACAGAUUCUCCUGGUGUACAUAAGGCUGCCCAUUUUCCUAUCAUCACAAAGUGUCUUCCUUGCGCAAAAAAUGGAGAUAUAAUCCCUGUUAAGACGAUUAUGUAUUUUGGUCAAACCGAAAUAUUUGUUCAGACCAUCGUUGGAAACCAAACAAUUAUAUACACAUGGCCAUUUGAUACCGAUGUAUGA